AGGAUAUUUCUUUAAAUAGGUUUUGCUUAUAUAUUAAAAUAGUGAAAAAAUUUACAUAUUUAAUUAGAAUUGCUCUAUUUUUGAUAGCGAUGUUUUUUCUAUUUAUGAUUUGACUUAAUUUUAUGAAAUGAAAUAAUUUUACGAAAUGAAAGCAUGACAUCAAUUGAUAACUACGAUGAUCUUGUUAAAUGUGGCUAUUUAGAAGUGAAACUGCCGAGAAAGCAUAGAAAAUUUGGUACGCAAGCCUGGAAACAAAAAUGGUUUUUAUUACGUCGGAAAUCUUCUCGAGGAAAUGUUCGAUUGGAAUAUUACAGGUCUGAAGAUAGUUGCUUACAUAAACAUAAUAAAAAAGUUUUAGAUUUAACAUGGUUGAAAACGAUUGACGAGUUAGUGUAUUCACGCAGUCAUAGAGUUUGCUUCAAACUAAUAUUCAAAGAUUUUUUUAUACUAUUAGCUCCUGAUAAAGAAAAUAUUAGAGAAUGGAUUAGACUUAUAAAAAAACUUGUGUUUCCUCAGCCUAUUAUUACGGAACAGUUAAACAGACCUAAAGGAUCAUUUUUUGUCACAAUAAUAAAAACAGAUGGAUCAGAACGGCUUGGCUUAGCAGGAGAUUAUACUUUAUCGAUCACACAAAAAAGUAUACAGUUAUACCAUGCAACUCCGAACCUUUCGGAAAAUCCUGUUGUUGUAUGGGAUUUGGAUGAUAUACCAAGAUUCAGACUACAAAAGCUAAAUCAACUCUACGAUACUGAGAAAAUUUUCACUGUAAAUUUAGCCCGGACGAGUAUUGCAAAAGAAGGGGAAUUUCAGUUUUUAACACUAAAUGGGCGCGAAAUCCUUGAAACCGUAAAGUCGCACAUCCAGCAACGCAGUGCAUUACAUUACGAUUCAUCACAAUCUAGUCCAAUAAACGUAAAAACUACUCGGUCUAGUUUUGGAGUAUUUGAUAAAAGAUCACGUUCGCAUUCAUUUCCAAAUCGAUUUUAUCGGCAUCAUUGUACUAAUACCUCCGAUUUAUCGAUGUUUUCUAACGGCUCACAUUUACCGUCAUUCCCAACAUCACAGUCCUAAGCUGCAUGUUUUUUCAUGAUUUAUACUAGCAUACUUUCGCGUUCAAAAAUUAAUGUAACCUUUGUUCAUUAAAAAUUUCUAAAACAAACUAUAAAAUAUAAAAAUAUACUUUUAUAACUAAAAUUGUGUGUUAAUACUAUAUACUAGCGCUUAGAAGGUUUUUAUUCUAGUUUAUUAAAAAUGAUUUCUGCUACGGGUUUCUGCUACGGGUUUCUGCUACGGGUUUCUGCUAUGGGUUUUUGAUACUUUAUUUAGAAAACCUCAUGCAAUUUCUUUUUUAAGUUCGUGAUUAUAAACAUUUUUCAAUUUUUUUAUUUUUUCAAUUUAUUAUCUUUAAAAAUUUAUUGAAAAAUUAUUCACACUUAUUUGUUUGUUUUAAAUCUGAUUUCAAUAACUUAUCUUCAAAACGGUUUCUUUAAAUUUUAAGUGCACUCAUGUAAGUAAAUACCUUUAUAUUUUUUUGUAAAACCUAGUAUUUUUAAAUUGUUUUACGUUGUCUCAAAACUCUGUAUGUUUAUAACUGUUAUAAUAUUUGUAAAUUCUGUGUUUAUAGUUUUUGUAAUUAUUUGUAUAUUUUUUGUAUAUAGAAAACAAAGUUUUUGUACAUUUUA